UGAGGUGCAGUUGCAGUCCCUCAAGCUCAGGGCAGCUGAGGCUUGAGUUACCUUCCUCUCCUACCCCUUCGCCUUGCCUUCUUCUCACAGACUUUGUCUUGAAACAACCAUGUGGGACAUGGUGGAACAACCAGAAAUGAACUACUCGGGGGACAGCCCUUCAAGGCCACUGCCUUGCAUGAAUACCAACCCAGAGAAGAGCUGUGAUGACCAGGGAGCCAAGACCUGCAGGUGGACGAGGCAAGAGGCUGUGGAACAGGGAGACCUCCCUGUCCUGGAAGAAGGAAACAGCCCCCAGGCAGGUGUCCUGGCAGGCUCUGAGUCUGUGUCUACCUCCUCAGAAGACAUAUCCCAGAGCCAAGCUGCCACAUUCCCGGGAUCUGAUUCCAUUAGCUGGGGGCUAGAAGCCACAGACUUGGACUCCACACCCAUGUGUCCACGGCUCACAUCUGUACCAUCAGGGGCCAUAUCCCUGGAGCCAGAGACUUUAUCAGUGGGGCAGGAAGGGGAGAUUCCAGAGAGAGUGACCAGAAGUCCAUCACCACAGAUCCUCCUGCCCAAAUUGGGCUGGGAUGAAGAACUGCUCCGCCCAGGAGCCCAGAUCUACAUGCACUUCAUGCAGGAACAUAGCUGCUAUGAUGCCAUGGCUACCAGCUCAAAGCUGGUCAUCUUUGAUACCAUGCUAGAGAUCAAGAAGGCCUUCUUUGCUCUUGUGGCUAAUGGGGUGCGAGCAGCCCCUUUGUGGGACAGCCAGAAGCAGAGCUUUGUGGGCAUGCUGACUAUCACAGACUUCAUCCUGGUACUCCAUCGUUACUACAGGUCACCCUUGGUUCAGAUCUAUGAAAUUGAGGAACACACAAUCCAAACCUGGAGGGAGAUCUACCUUCAAGGCUCUUUUAAGCCACUGGUUUCCAUCUCACCCAAUGACAGCCUGUUUGAGGCUGUUUAUUCUCUGAUCAAAAACCGGAUUCACCGCCUGCCCGUUCUGGAUCCUGCCUCUGGCAAUGUGCUUCACAUCCUCACACACAAGAGGCUGCUCAAGUUCCUGCAUAUCUUUGGUGCACUGCUGCCCAGACCACAGUUUCUUUCCCGAUCUAUCCAAGACUUGGGCAUUGGCACAUUCCGAGAUUUGGCUGUGGUGCUGGACACAGCCCCAAUCCUGUCUGCACUGGACAUUUUUGUAGACCGCCGCGUGUCUGCGCUACCUGUAGUCAAUGAGUCCGGAGAGGUGGUGGGCCUCUAUUCCCGAUUUGAUGUCAUACACCUGGCUGCCCAGAAGAUCUACAACCGCCUGGACAUGAGUGUUGGUGAGGCAUUGAGGCGGCGGUCCCUCUGUCUGGAGGGCAUUAUUUCCUGCCAGCCUCAUGAAAGCCUGGGUGAUGUCAUCGACCGAAUCGCCCGAGAGCAGGUUCACCGGCUGGUGAUGGUGGAUGAAUCACAGCAUUUGUUAGGCGUCGUUUCCCUGUCUGACAUCCUCCAAGCCCUGGUGCUCAGCCCCGCUGGCAUUGAUGCGCUUGGUGCCUGAGAAUCCCAGUGUCCUUAGGUCUUGUGCAGUGCUCCAAAUCUCAACCCCCCACCCCAAACAGAUGGAAGGAGGAGGGAAGUUCACUCCCUUCACUCACUCACUCAUUCUCAGCCAAAUCCUCUCCUGCUCAGGCUCUGCAUCUUCAUCCCCAGUUCUGCUUCCCUAAUACGAACAAAGCUCUGUUCCCAUAAGCCUUUGAGAAAGGCCAGUGCUUCACAGGAUGGUAGAGGUCAGGAUGAGAGCUCCCUGACCUUCAGGCACUGGGAUCAUUGGACAAUAUUCUUAGCCUCAUGUGUGCCCCAUGUCCUUCAUCCCCUUCCUUCCAUCUGCAAUAGUCCCCAAGGUGGGGCUGGCUAUGGGGUUUAAGAGCCCAUACCCUGUAGUGUUGGGACAUGAGACAGGGACCCAAUUCCUUUGAUUUCUGAACUGGCUUUCAGUCUUUCACUGUUAUUCCCUAAUGUCUUUUCCCUUCAUCUUUCCCAUCUUCUCCUUAAUUCUUCCCCUUCCACUUUGGCAUUGCAGGAGUUGGGUACCACUAUGGAACCACGGGUGUGCAGCCUCAGACCUCUACCUGUGGCUGUCCACCUAACCUGGCUAGAUCCAGGGAAAGAUCUAGAAUGCUGAUAACUGGGUCUGAGUCUGGCCUCCAUCAUCAACUUGUGGUAGGCCUCUGGACCAGUUCUUGCUCCAGUCUGGUCCUGCUAUAACUUCUCAGGAACAAGAGAAGGGCCUGAGCUAUUCCCAUACCCUCCCACUCUUAAGCUAAAAGAGUGGAUGAAAGAGAUAAGUCUAUGAAAAGCCUGGGAAUUCUCCAGGCAAAGUCCAGGGAAGCCCCAAGUCUUUUCUGUCAGGACUGACUUUCUUGUAGGAGUCUGUUAUGAGAACUGAAUUAUUAGACAUUGUUAUUUUUGGACUGUAUUUCCUUCUCUGAGAGCGAAAUGGAUGAACAACGGAUUCAAAUGGACAUUUGACAGAGAGAGUAUGAUUCUUAUGUGUGCCUCUACUGUUCCUUCUCUGAGAAUCCUGGAGACCUAGAAAUUCAGCCACAUGGACCUUUCUAUGAGAGCUCCUAUUUACUCCUCUUGCCCAAGGCCUCCUACUCUUCCUCAUCCUCAUUUCUUGGAACUAUGCUGGGUGCUUUCUCUCUACUCCAGCUCUCUUCCUUCUCCAGGUUCUACAACCAAACAUAAACUUGAGGGGAGAGGAUGGGUCAACACAUGUG